GAUACAGUCAAAUGUCCAAUUUGCAAUUACAAUAUCACGUACUAUGCCAUUGAUGACAGAACUAGACACGUCGAUUUGUGUCUUCAGAGAUUAAGUCUUGAAAGCAAUCCAUCAAAGACUCAAGAAUCAUUGCCUAAAAGACGUAAGAAAGCAGAGCCGGCCAUAUUGAAAGAGAAACUCCGUUAUGUGAACGAUAUUACUUCUGGGGAUGUAUCUUCAAAUGUAGAAGUGGAGCGAAAACCAGCCACCGAAAGUAUAGAGAUCUUGGAUGCAACUGUAGCAACUCCCAAAGUAAAACAAAUAAAGCCUCCUACAAAGAUCAUUAACUCGAAGCAGAGGAAUCCAAUACCGACACUCAAAACAUUGUCUUUUCCAGUAGACUCUUGCAGCAGCUACGAAGUGUCAGUCGAUGCAUUUUGUUACGCUCCACAUGCUACCAUAGACCAGUAUUUCUUGACGCAUUUUCAUUCGGAUCACUACGGUGGGAUAUCCAAGAAGUGGAGUUACGAAAGAGUAUUUAAAGAAGACACAGACUUCGACAAUGAUUCCAAGUAUAGAAGAAUCAUCUAUUGCACCAAGAUCACUGGUGUCUUAUUGACGCGUUGUUUCAGCGUGGAUCCUCGUUUCAUAAAGCAUUUGGAAAUGGAGACAAGGUACAUAAUAAAAUCGUUCGUAGACAUGACUCAAGGUACAUCAUAUCUUCAAGAUGGUGGAUUCCCAUCACAGAAGUGCGACCCUGGUCUAUAUGUAACUCCUAUAACUGCCAACCAUUGUCCUGGAUCGGCCAUUUUUCUCUUUGAGUCCUACGGAGUAGAUGGAAGCUAUCGAACAAUACUUCAUUGUGGAGAUUUUCGUGUCAAUGAAAGCAUCUUGAAGCAUCCCUUAUUGUACAGAUUCAAUAUUGAAAAUGAGAACUCGAUACCGUUAGACAAGGUCUACUUAGAUACAACCUACAUGGCUCCAGAAUACAACUUUCCUAAACAAGAAUUGGUUUGUGAGACUAUCGGCGAGUUAUUCUACGAUCUCAUCUACCAAGAAAACGUCGACGAAACACUAUCCUCGAAUUCCUUGUUCUCUAAUUGGUUUGGUGUAUUUACACAAUCCAGGAUCACUGACUUCUGGAAGACUGGCUCUUCACAGUCUAUGAGCAAGAAGAAGAAAUUUUUGAUCCUUGUUGGGACGUAUCUUAUUGGAAAGGAACGCCUUGCAAUAGCCAUUCUGAAGCGAUUGAACUGUCCCAUUUAUGUUCUGACGAUAAGCAGUAGAAGAGAUAAAAUCGAAAUCGUAAGGUCCUACGAAGACGAAUAUCUUAAUUCUGUACUAAUAGAAGAUGACUUGGCAUUGCAAAGUAAAGCUGAAUGUGUAGUUCAUUUGGUGCCCAUGAAAAUUGUUUCGUCGGCUACCGAAUUAUCAAACUACUUCAAUUACAACAAAUACUAUGAGCACUUUGAACGAUGUGUAGGAUUACGUCCUACGGGUUGGAGCUUUGUUCCUGGAAGUCGGGGAAUUGAUGCUUCAGUGGCUGAUGAAGAGCUCGAAGGAGAGUUAACAAUAGACAACAUCAAUCCAGAUUCAAACCACCUUUCACAACUACUUAGCUUGAUGACUUUAAAACCUCAGUACUCAUACAUGAGAGAUAUUUUGCCCCAAGCUCCAUUACCCAGAGCUGUACGCAAACAAAAAGCUGCACCUGAUAAAUCGUUGUAUAGAAUCUAUUCUUUGCCGUACAGUGAACAUUCUUCGUUUCGAGAAUUGGCAUACUUUUCAAUUUUCUUCAACAUAAAGCAAAUUAUCCCCACGGUUAACGUCCAUAACUCAGAGUCGAUUCGUCUCAUGAAGGGCAUAAUAGACACCUGGGAGCAGGCCCGAGAACUCAAACUAAAC